AUGAAGGCCAACACUCUGGUGCCCCUACUGGGCCUCUCCACCGCCGCUGCCGCUGCCGCCGUCCCUUCCAGCAGCAAAACACCCUUCGGCUACGCGUCUGGAUCUAAGGAGUCCAUUGCGAACCUCAAGGACAAGAUUGACAACGUUGUCUGGAUUCUGCUCGAGAACCGCAGUUUCGACAACAUCCUCGGUGGGGUGAAGCGCAAGGGCCUCGACAAUGUUGUCAACAAUGGUCCCUUCUGCUAUCCCCAGAAUGUGAGCGAUCCAAGCAGCACGCAGCGGUGUAGCGUAUACAAGGACUUUGACUCGGUCAAGCACGAUCCUGACCACUCGAUCACGGGCUACAACAUGGAGCUCUACGGUACCUAUCAGCCCAGCGAUGCCGCUAUCCGCAACGGCACCCUCAAGCCGAGCAUGAAUGGCUUCGUUCAGCAGCAGCUGGUGCACCAUGAGGGAAUGGACCCCAAGGUGGCUACCGAGGAGGUCAUGGGAUACUACUCUGAGGACGAAAUUCCAACUCUUGUCAACCUCGUUGACGACUUCACCACCUUCAACUACUGGCACUCGUGCAUUCCUGGUCCCACAAAUCCCAACCGCCUCUGUGCCAUCUCCGGCACAUCAGAUGGCCACGGCGAAAACGACAACAGCUUCGACGUCUCUGGCGUCGACAUCUCCAGCAUCUUCCAAGUCGCCAGCGAACAGGGCAUCAGCUGGAAGAACUACGACGGCACCAACGGCGACUUCCUCCCAGACUCCCUGUUCUUCAACUGGACGGCCGAAAACGCCCAGAGCAGCGUCGUCCCCCUGGAGAACUUCUACCAGGACGCCUAUCUCGGUCUUCUCCCCCAACUCUCCUACAUCAACCCUUCAUGCUGCGACCUCGACACAAACUCCAUGCACCCCUCUGGAAACGUCUCCUUUGGCCAGGUCCUGAUCAAACAGGUCUACGAUGCCGUCCGAACCGGCCCACAAUGGAACAAGACCCUUGUCCUCUUGACUUUCGACGAAACGGGCGGCUUCUACGACCACGUCGAACCCCCUCUUGCCGUCCGCCCGGACAACAAGACCUACGUCGAGACUGCGGCCGAUGGCAGCGAGUACACCUUCACCUUUGACCGUCUUGGCGGUCGCAUGCCCACGUGGCUUAUCUCGCCUUACACCCCCAAGGGCCACAUUGAGAACUUUGGUGUCGACCCUGUUACAGGCAAGAGCACCUCGUAUAGCGCGACAUCGGUUCUCAAGACCCUGGGAUAUCUCUGGGAUCUUGAGGACUUUACGCCCCGUGUCGAGCACUCGCCUGCUUUCGACCACUUGAUUGGGCCUAAGAUCAGGAGUAGCCCGAAGACUCUGGCCAACCCCCAUACCUUUCCUGACGCCGUUUAA